AAGUUGAUAAUUCCCCCUUCUGAAGUCGUAAUAACGAGCUCGUCGUAUUCAAGUUUCAAAAUGGGAGAGCGUUCAUGUGCAAUUUUUAAUUAGAAAACUUGUAUUUACGAUAAUUCCGAGAGCACGUGAAGGCAGCAUUAGUCUCCUUGCUGUCAGUCAGGAGUCUUGAUCCUCCCCACAGACACGUCACUAGUCUGACAGUCUGACAGUAAGCGGAUUGAAUCUGUUCAGUCAGCAAAACUACCUAAAGAAGACACAACCAUCCAUGUUAUCAAUCAUACACCUGUAUUUGAUUGCAUAACGUUACGCUUUCCUAUUAAGCCACGAUGUUUGCCAUAUUUACUAAGAUAAAGGACCGCAUUGAGGCUUUUUUGAACGAGAAGAAUUUAGUCACUGACUGUCUUAAUAAAAUCGAAGAAAAAACAGGCAUCAAGAAACGUUACUUAGUGCUCGGUGCUGCAGGUGUGACUGGAGCAUAUUUAUUAUUCGGAUACGGCGCUUCUCUGCUCUGUAAUCUGAUUGGUUUUGUUUAUCCCGCAUAUUUCUCUAUCAAAGCCAUAGAAAGUCCUGGAAAGGAAGAUGACACACAAUGGCUGACGUAUUGGGUAAUCUAUGGCUUCUUCAGUGUGGGUGAAUUCUUCUCUGACAUAUUUCUCUACUGGUUUCCUUUCUACUAUGUAUGUAAGUGCCUGUUCCUGUUAUGGUGCAUGGCUCCGGUCUCCUGGAAUGGUUCUCAGAUUCUGUACAGGCGUGUGGUGCGGCCACUUUUCCUGAAGCAUGAAGCCACAGUAGACGGGAUGGUCAACGAUAUAAGCGGGAAGGCCAUGACAGCAGCUGAGAGCGUCACUAGAGAGGUCCUUCACACUCUGGUGAGAAACCGGACUAUUAGCCCAGCUGAUCCUGAAGCCAAAAGACUGCCCACUUCUGCUCCUGUAUGUCAUCCUAUAGCUAAUAAACCAACAUUUGCCAAAACACAAGUUUUUCCAUUCUUUGGUUUUCUACACAGUAAUCUCUCUCUCUAUACACUAUCUCAUUGCAUGUCUCUGAGUGUAGACUGAACCCACUGUUGAUUAAAAGAAAUACAGAUGGCUAGAAUGGUCUGAGGAGGCAAAACAUGCAAGAGAUGCAGAAUCAUGUUGAAGACUUGACUUGACAAGACAGCAGUAUAUAGUCUUAAUAUAAAGGCCUCAGUGUAAACUGUAAUUCAUCUUGAUCUGCAUGAUUUUCAGGCACUCAUUGUCAGGAGUGCUUGGACUUUAUAGUUUAAUAAUCUGGUAUAUUUCUUUAUAUUUCUAAACUGUAAAUGUCCUGAACACAUUUAUGUCAGUUAUUUUUUUGCUCACUGUUCAUAUAAAUUUCUACUAAAAGUCUUUGGCAGUUACAGUAAAUGUAUAAAUGUAUACAAUUCAACAGAAAUGUUUGUAUUUACAGUAUUGUAGCAAUAAUUUAUGUUGUAUUUAUGGCAUUUGUCAGGGAUUUUGUAAACUUAAUAUUAUUAUAUAAAAAAGCAAGUCUUCAAACUUUCAGUAAAUUUUGUUUUGUAUUCUACAUUUGAAAAGACAGAAUUGUGGGAAUGAUUUUUUUUCUUGUGUACCACUGACUUCAUCAAAUUAAAACCUAAAACUGAAUGAAAUAUGUCCAACUAGGUUUUGAGAUUAACAGGUUAACUCAAAUACUUGUCAAAUGUGCAAUAAUAAAAUAGAA